AUGGCUCGACGAACUCGCAUUCCCACGCGGGCGGAGCUGGCUGCCCCUUUCCAGUCAAAGGCCGCAUUUGUCGACUUUGUGAAGGCGCCUGUCGAAAAUGAAGGCCAUGUCACAGUGGGUGACCCGAAAUGGUCUAACAAGGACUUGGAGCCGACGCCCCCGGAGCAUCGUACAUGGACGUGGUUCAACCUUCCCCUUUAUUGGUUCUCCAACCAAUUUAGCUUGACGGGGUGGAACACUGGCUCGUCUCUUGUUGCAGUUGGUCUGACAUGGCAACAAUCCUUCAUCUCGUGUGUUCUGGGCGGCCUCUUGGCUUCCGUUAUCGUUGUUCUGAUGGCGCGUCCUGGCGUAAAGUACCAUAUUGGAUUCCCUGUUCUCUGCCGUUCAAGCAUGGGGAUGUAUGGAUCGUAUUUCUUCAUCUUCAUUCGCGCCAUUGUGUGCAUCAUCUGGUACGGAAUCCAAACGUUUUACGCUGGCUCGAUCCUCUCUGUCAUGCUUCGAUGCAUCUUUGGCAGCUCCUGGCAAAACAUGACCAAUAUGUUGCCCGGCGAUGCCGAUAUUACAUCAAAGGUGCUCCUGGCCUUCUUCCUGGCCUGGCUCAUGGAGUUCCCUUUUAUGUGGAUUCACCCUAGAAAUAUCCAAUACAUUUUCACCGUCAAGGGCUUCACCAUGCCCAUUGCUGCCUUUGCCAUCUUUGGAUGGUGCAUGUACACAGGGGGCGGCCUCUCCUCGAUGAAGAUGGCGAGCGAUGUUGGCGAGUCUCUCGCCGACAAGACCCCCCUCGGCUGGAUGAUUAUGAAUGGCAUCAACGUCAUCAUGGGUAGCCUCUCGCCCAUGUUGGUCAAUCAGCCUGACUUGUCUCGCUAUUGCGCGAAGCCUCGGGAUGCGGGUGCCCUGCAGGGUGUCAGUGUCUUUGUGUCCUCGGUCCUCGUCUUCUUCCUCGGCCUUGCUUCCACGACGUCCAUCCAGAGCAUCUGGGGCGAGGCGUACUGGAAUAUCUGGGACCUCCUUGGCUCGAUUCUUGACCACUACUGGAACCCUGGCGCUCGCGCCGGCGUUUUCUUUGUGGCGCUGGCCUUCUUACUCGGUGUCUUUGCCACCAACUUUGGCGCCAACUCAAUCCCCUUUGGAGCGGAUAUGACCGGUCUGUUCCCCAAGUUCCUCACUAUCCGUCGUGGUCAGGUGCUCUGCGCCGUUCUUGGCGUCGCAGUGGUCCCAUGGAAACUCAUGGCGAACGCCUCUGCGUUCCUGUCGUUUCUUGGCAGCUACAACAUCUUCAUGGCACCACUUUGUGCCGUUAUCAUUGUCGACUAUGCCUUCAUCCGCAAGGGCAACGUUCACGUUCCGUCCUGUUAUGACGGGAGCAAGUACGGGCUGUAUCACUUCUGGUCCGGUGUCAACUGGAUCGGUGUGAUUGCGUGGCUGCUCGGAACCACCAUGGGUAUUCCGGGCCUCAUUGGGCAGUACCAGCCGCAGCUCAUGAGCGAUGCCUCGCGGUACAUGUACAUGAUGGGCUGGAUCCUCACAUUUGUGACAGCCGCAGUCGUGUACAUCGUCGCCUCGCUGCCGAUCAAGUCAAGGUGGAGGAUCUUCCCGAGAGGCCGCGAAGAUGCCCCUUUCACCUGGGAGUGGCUGGCGAACGAAGGCAGGGAAGGUUUCUUUGACGGCGACCGGGAGGCACAGACUGUGAUUUACGCGCCUCCGACUCCUACUGGCACAGAUGGCGAGGAGGCCCAGUUUGGAGAGAAAGGAGGUCGAUUCACACAUCGUCAGCGACAGCUGUUCACUCAUUCCUCGACUAUAAAACUGCCGCCACACCCUUUACAAAUGGAUUCGUACAAAUUGACCGCAACCGAGGUUGUAGCCAGGACGAAGGCGGGGGAAUUGACCGUGGAGGACUAUGCACGCUCACUCCUCGCCCGCAUCAAAGAGCGGGACGAAGCAGUCAAGGCGUGGGCGCACCUGAACCCGGACUAUGUGCUUGAACAAGCCAAGAAGCUGGACCAGGUUGCCCCUGAGGCUCGUGGUCCGCUACAUGGCGUCGCUGUUGCUGUCAAGGACGUGAUAUAUACCAAGGAUAUGCCGACGCAGUUCAACUCUCCUAUAUAUGAGAAUGACGCGCCGCAAGUAGAUGCUGCCUCCAUCAUCAUCCUUCGUCACGCUGGCGCCUUGAUCCUAGGCAAAACCACGACCACUGAAUUUGCAGCCACUACAACCGGCCCCAAGACGUCCAACGCCCAUGAUCCUGGCAGGACACCUGGUGGUUCAUCUUCUGGAUCAGGUGCCGCUGUUGGCGACUUUCAAGCACCCAUUGGAUUAGGCACGCAGACGGGAGGGAGCACUAUCAGGCCAGGUUCAUUCAACGGUAUCUACGCUUUGAAACCAACGUGGAACGCCAUCUCUCGCGAGGGACAAAAGAUAUACUCGCUCUUGUUCGAUACGUUGGGUCUUUAUGCCCGCAGCGUUGCCGAUCUCGAAUUGUUGGCGGACGUUUUUGAAAUCCACGACGACGAACCAGCGAAUCCGUCCUUCCAGAUCCAAGGCGCCUCUUUUGCCAUGUGCAAAACAAUGGCGUGGAGUCAUGUUGGCGACGGAACUGCAAAAGCAAUGGACAAGGCCAAGGCUCUUCUCGAGGCGCACGGCGCCACGGUACAGGCGAUCUCACUCCCUGAGCAUCUGAAGGACUUACCAGCGUGGCAUGCCACUGUGCUCAACUCAGAAGGCCGUACUGCCUUUCUACCCGAUUAUCGCAAGGCCAAAAACAAGCUGGACCCUUUUCUGCAUGCGCAUGUUGAGAAUACGCAUGGCAUAUCCCGGGCCCAGCAGGUUGCGGCUUGGGACAAUAUUGCCGCAGCAAGGCCCCAGGUCGAUAAGCUGCUUGGCCAAUUUGACGCUGUCAUUGUUCCCAGUGUGCCUGAUGAAGCACCCACGGGGCUUGAGAGCACCGGUAGCGCGGCAUUCAAUCUGAUCUGGACGGCUCUGCAUACACCGGUCGUCAACGUUCCUGGUUUCCAAGGCGCCAACAAGAUGCCCAUCGGCCUAUCCCUCGUUGGUCCACGAUACCACGAUCGCAAGCUGCUCGCUAUGAGUAAGAAGGUGGGCGAGAUUUUUGAGGCUGAAGGUGGUUGGAAGAGGAAGAACAUUUGA